CUCACCACAUCCACCUAGAUUAGCUUACUUGCUCUCCAUCACCUCUCCCUGCACCAUGCCUUACAACUGCUGCCUUCCCAACCUGAGCUGCCGCUCCACCUGCUGCUCCCGGCCCUGCGUGCCCCCCAGCUGCCACACCUGUACCCUGCCCGGGGCCUGCAACAUCCCCGCCAACGUGGGCAACUGCGGCUGGUUCUGCGAGGGCUCCUUCAAUGGCAGCGAGAAGGAGACCAUGCAGUUCCUGAACGACCGCCUGGCCAGCUACCUGGAGAAGGUGCGCCAGCUGGAGCGGGAGAACGCGGAGCUGGAGACCAGGAUCCGGGAGUGGUGCCAGCAGCAGGUGCCCUUCGUGUGCCCCAGCUACCAGUCCUACUUCCGGACCAUCGAGGAGCUCCAGCAGAAGAUUCUGUGUGCCAAGUCUGAGAAUGCCAGGCUGGUGGUGCAGAUCGACAACGCCAAGUUGGCCUCUGAUGACUUCAGAACCAAGUAUGAGACGGAGAUGGGCUUGAGGCAGCUGGUGGAGUCAGACAUCAACGGCCUGCGCAGGAUCCUGGACGAGCUGACUCUGUGCAAGUCUGACCUGGAGGCCCAGGUGGAGUCCCUGAGGGAGGAGCUGCUGAGCCUCAAGAAGAACCACGAGGAGGAAGUCAACACCCUGCGCUGCCAGAUCGGAGACCGCCUCAACGUGGAGGUGGACGCGGCCCCCACCGUGGACCUGAACCGCGUGCUCAACGAGACCAGGAGCCAAUAUGAGGCCCUGGUGGAGACCAACCGCAGGGACGUGGAGGAAUGGUUCACCACCCAGACGGAGGAGCUGAACCAGCAGGUGGUGUCCAGCUCGGAGCAGCUGCAGUCCUGCCAGGCGGAGAUCAUCGAGCUGAGACGCACGGUCAACGCCCUGGAGAUCGAGCUGCAGGCCCAGCACAACCUGAGGGACUCCCUGGAGAACACGCUGACGGAGACCGAGGCGCGCUACAGCGCCCAGCUGGGCCAGGUGCAGUGCAUGAUCACCAACGUGGAGUCCCAGCUGGCCGAGAUCCGCUGUGACCUGGAGCGGCAGAACCAGGAGUACCAGGUGCUGCUGGACGUCAAGGCCCGGCUGGAGGGCGAGAUCAACACGUACCGGGGCCUGCUGGAGAGCGAGGACUGCAAGCUUCCCUGCAACCCAUGUGCUACCACCAACGCUUGUGGCAAUUCCUGCGGGUCCUGUGGUGCCUCUCAAACGCGUUGCUCUUAAUUUAAGAACUUGCACCCUCUUUGAAGACAACAAUGAAGCCACUCUGAUCAAGCAAAGGAAAGGUCCUCGGGUCUUGCCUUCUUUGGAGCCUAGCCAUGCCAAAUAUGAUAUCUCUAGACAUGAAAAUGCCUUCCAGAUUCAACAAGCAAAGGCACACAUGGUUAACUUCCAAUGUCUGGGAAAUCCCUUUCUGUUGAAGUUCGAGUGUCUUUGUUUCUGAAGAUGUCCACCUCCAUGGUGUCUGAGCUCCAGGUAUUACUUUUAGGCCAUUUCCUGUAUGUAUUGUGUUUCCUGUUUUUCUUGCUUCUUUGGUAUUCUCUGGAAUGCAAGGAAGCUACUUCAUUUACUUCCCAAUAAACUUCAUUUCUCUGGCAUAAUAAA